CCCUCCCGCCCCUUCCCAGAUACUGAGCUUUUUGUUCUGCUUCUAAUGUUUUCAUUAGGAAACUGGGCGCAACCAAGUCAGGGAGGGAAGGAACAGAGAGCAAGAGAGCGAAUACGGAGGAACUUGCGGAGGAGAAGAAACCGUUUGGAUUUCCCUCUGGUUGUGACUUGGAAGAGAAUUUGAGGGCUCUCCCUCUUUCUUUUUCCUCUAUCACAUCUCCAGGUUUCCUCACCUCAACAUGAUCCGCCCCCCCACCUCCUCGAUCGGACUCCUCCUCCUCCUGAUUGGCUACGCCGCAGCAGGUCCCGAGCCUGACCUGCGGCCCCGGGCGGUGCGUUCAAGUGCCUGUCAGGAGCACAUGAACCUUCACAACCGGCUGGAUGUGGUGGAGAAGAAAGUGGAGGACACCGUGGAGAAGUUGGAGGUUGAGAUUGCUGCUCUUCUCGGUUCUAUAGAAGACCCAAAGUGGAGCCCCCUGUUGGACAACGCAGGAAAAACAGCGGUGGACAUCCUGGACGAACCGGGCCCGUGGGGGCCGGUCCUAAAUUAACCCCACAUUGAACUUGGAUGUGUUGAAUUUGUUUCCAUGACCUUAUGCAAACAUUUUUUUAAUACAUUGUGUGGAUGAUUAUACAGAAUCUGUAAAUCAAAAUGAAGUUUUGAUCCAAAAUGAGGAGGCAGUUCAUUGCACAAAGCCAAGCUUCUCUGCAUUAUGUGUAUACUAUACAAAUCCUUUGACAGCUUCAUCUCUUUCCCAGCGUUAGACUCUGACCCCCUGCAGUCAAUAGUGGUGCAGCCAAUGUUUACAAUGUCAUUCAAAGUGAAGAGUCCACUUUGGACAUUCUCUGCUCAGUCACCCCGGCUCUCCACCGCCCUCCACUGUUCACUGAUGAACUUUGUAUCGGCGGCGUGAAAAUGACAAAGACAACAGAUGUAAAAUGA